ACACACGUUGCCCUGGUAACGGCUGCGGUUUGUUUGGGUGUGGGGGAGGGGCAAGGAGGGGGGGCAGACUGGCCCGUAACACAUUGAUGGAGACUGGCAGCAGCGGCCCGUGAGGACGGCACCCGAGCCAGGGGCUUAAUGAAGUCUGUCCAUGGCUUCACCGGAUAAUGAAGAGAUGCUAGAAAAAGCCGAGGCACCAGAGGAAAACAGAUUCAGUAGCUGUAGUCUAAAUGAAAGCAAACCAAUCAAGGAUCUAGUUGAAGAGCUUGCUGAAAUCAGUGAUAAGCUUUUUGAUGAAGAUCAGAAACCAUUUGAAUGUCUAAUUGGAAGAGGAUGGGAAGAAGCUGUGUCUUGCUGGGGCACAGUUUCUCCAAAUGCCUGUUUGUUCCCUCAGAAGAAAGCGAGAAACUGUAAAUCAGAAGGGACAUUAGACUGCAUUCUCUGCUUCGAGAUCAGUCAAGUGACAGACCGAAAGAAGGGGACUGUUGAAACAAAAAAUGCAACACAGACAUCUCAGGAUAGUUCAGAACAUUGUUCAGAUAACAUACCCCCUGCCGAGGCAUGCUUGCCCGCUCUGGUUACAGAUCACUGCCCUUCAACUUCUGCGGUUUCAAAAAUAGAAACCUAUUGUGACUUUGUGUCCACCUCAGAAGUAUUCAAUGAACAAAGAAAAGGCAAGGUAACUCAUUCUGAAAGACAUACCUCUCCUCUCAAGAACAAUGAAGUUAACUCUGGUUCAGUUAGUUCAGCUAAUAAGAGCUAUCAUAUUAUGAAGAGCCCGCAGGCAGUUGGUUCACCUAUAGUAUUGCCUCCACUCAGAUCCCCAGCAAACAGCGCAAAAACAUAUUAUAGGUUGAUUAAACAUGAUGGUGGUGCACAACAUCUCGAAAAGGUUCCUUCAAAAGUCCAUGUUGGACAUGCUGGAAAUGGUCAAGUGGUCAUCAGCAUGGAGCAAAAGGAAGAGAGGAGGCUCGCUGAGGUAGUAAAUGACCCAUCACCACGAGAACAGGUAAAAAUGUCCAACUAUCUGUCAUCUGCAGUUCCCUGCAUUCCAAAAACAACUGCAAAAGACUUGGAGAACAUGUACUGGCCAUGUCCAUUAAUUACCCAGAAAAACAACAGGACGCGUUAUGACAUAAUUUCUACAAAACAGAACGGCAGUCCGCCAUCGGUGGGCAUUCUUCACACAAGAAUUAUGCAGAAUAAACGCAAUAUUCGCCAGGAUCUCAAGCAGCUGAACGAGGCUAAACUAAAAAACAGACCAAAAUCAGGUGCUGAGCCGUUGCUACCAAAUACAUUUCUGCCUUUUCUAACAGUUACAAGAGUUGAAAUUCCAGUGGCUCAGCAUAGACCUCUCUAAUGUCAUAAUUACUACGUCAAAUAGUUGUAUGGGUUUUGGCAAGGUC